CAGGCCUGAUGGGCCCCCCGGCGGCCCUCAUCAGUCACCUCCAGACCGCUGGGAUACGUGCUCUGGAACUGCUGGCGCUGCGGCAGUCGAUCAUCUCGGGGGUGCCGCCGUGCCCGGCAGUGUCGCUGGCGUGCCCGCUGGCGAACCUGACCUGCCCGCCGCAGGGGGAAUCGUGGGAGCCGGCGAGUUCGACUCACCCUCGGCGUGCUGGGGGACUCUCGCUGGGAUCGCGGCUGGGCUGGGGCUCGGCCGCGCCGCCCCGCGCCGCGGGCGUGCUGCUGACGCCGAGAGAGAUGAUGAUCGCGCACCGUCCCCUGCCCCCGCUCGCCGCGGAGGGGGAGUGGUGCGCUGACUUGGCGGUCGGCACGCUGGUCCGGGUCUCCUACGCCGGGGAGACCAUGGACCACACGAGGGUCGUGCUGUGGCCCAGCCGCCGCAUGGACCAGAGGCGACGAGUCCGAGGGCGACACGCCUACUGGGUGCUCUCCGCGGACGGCGACGUCUGGGAGGAGGACCUGAGCGGGAGGAAUGCAGCGACUGGGCCGUCGGGCGGGUCGCUGCUGGACCAGGCGACGGGGAACCCGCCCGACGGCCGCCGCCUCUAUCGGUUCCGUGCGCGGCCCAGCCUGGACGAGGUUGUGGAGCUGGCGGCGGAGUGUCGGGCCACUAUGCUCAGGCGUGGGCAGGCCGAGGCGGAGGGGCCGACGAGAGUGGUGCUGGCCGACGGGGCGGUGCGCCCCGGCCACGACUACUUCCCGUGGCUGGUGGCCCCGCGCCCGUGGGUGCUGACGGAGCCGCUCCCUGGCAUGCCCAUCGGGACCGUGGUGGAUCCGCUCCCGGUGGGGGCGCUGCGCGACGGGAGCCGGGCCCUCGGCCUGCUCCCGAGCUGCGGCCGCUGGGCGAGGCUCGAGCAGGUGGACGAGGGCCAGAUCGUCGAGUGGGCUGCCAAGAGGACGAAGGAGCUGCUGCUCGACCUCGGCGCGGAGCCCGACGCCAUGGGCGCCGCCGAGCCGGUCGGCGGGACUGAGACCCCUCCGCUGCGCGAGGCUCGCUCGUCUGGAGGCGACCGCCUAGGCGAGAAGCUGGGGCUGACCGCGGAGGAGCCCGCCGAGUCGGCCGCAGGGAAGGACGACGCCAGCGGCGACGCGCGCACGCUGUGGGUCGACUGGGACGAGCAGGGCGAACGCAGGAAGGAGUUCAAGCGGGCGGUGGCUGAGAGCUCGGAUGUGAAGUGGGACCAUCACAGGCUGCCCGCCGACCGCACUUGCCUCCACACGUGCAAGAUGAUGGUGAACUUGAGUGGGUCCCCGCGCGCGUGGCUGGAGCGCUUUCUCAGGGAAAAGGGGAUAGCUUCUACGGAUCGAGUUGCGCACGAACUCCGAGUGUUGUGCGACAUCCUGGAGGAAGCAGGCGAGUUUGACCAGAUCAAUCUCGGAGGACUGGCCUGCUUGGAAGUGGCCGCCCGCCGGCUGAACCUGCUGGUGGACGCGCACAAGAGCGGGCCGGCCUCGUACUCGAACGCGAAGUACCUCUCGCCGCUGACCGACGUGGACCAGUUGAUGGCUCCUGGCUUGCGGUCUCACGUGUCGAGGCGCGCCAAGGAGGAGUACGAGCUGAUGCAGGGCGACAGGAAGGCCGAGGCGGUUGCUGCUGGGGCGGCUGGCGCGCGGGUUCCACCGCGCGAGGGGGCCGAUGACUCGGCCAAGGGUGGCAAGGGCGGCGGCGGGGGCGGCCGGGGCAUGACGGACCAGUCUCAGCCGGCGGAGUGGGCCCCUGCCGGCUGGGCUAACACAUCGGCCCGGCGAGCGCCGCUGGCCCUGGCGAGCGGGGAUAGGGACCUCUUCCCCCUCCCUCGCCUGGCCAGGCCGCCCGCCAGCAGGGGCGGCAGCCGCGCCCGGAUUGCUGGCGCUCGGCGGCGGCGCGAGCACGAAUUGGUGAACGGCGCGAUCGACUCUCUCAACUGGCUUGCUGGAUGGGAGCCUGACGACGUGGGCCCGCCGCGCUCCCUGGACGCCAUGGGGGGCAAGCAUGCUGGGAUCGUGCAGUGGGUGGCCAGCGAAGCUCUUCGGCGCCAAGCCGCAGCUCCCAGCCCCUGUCCGUCCCAAGAGGCAUCGCUCAGUGCGUUGCUCAAGGGGUGCUCGAUCUACGACACGUCGGGCUCCCCGAGGAACCUGGCCUCCUUCGUCCGCGAGCGCGUGUCCUUGCCCCCUUCGGUUGUCGGCUGCCUCCAGGUGGACGAUAUCGUGGGCGAGGCCGGCCGCACCUACCUGAAGGAGAAUCAAAAGCGUAUGAGGCGGCCGAUCGAGGAGAUCGAUUUUGACAGCUUGCCGACUCCCUAUUUUGACCCGCUGCUGAAGCGGAACAAGAAGAUGUACCACAACUUUUUGAAGGAUCUCUCGUCCCGCGGGCUCUUGCUCGCCACCUUGUCUCCCGCAGAGCAGGCUGGCCUGUUCUUCGUGAAGAAGGCCGACAGCGACAAGAUGCGCAUGAUCGUGGAUGCGCGCCGGGCGAACGCUUGGUUCGGCGUGCCCCCCAGCGUCCAGCUCCUGUCGUGCGAGGGGUUCGGCAGGGUGGAGGUGAAGCUCCCAGAGGGCGUCGCCUUCGGCUCGGCGCGGGGAGAGGAGCUGCUGAACGGCUUCAAGCUCUUCUUGGGCAUGACGGACGUCAAGGACUGCUUCUACAGGAUGCGCAUCCCGGUGAGCCUGGCGAAGUUCUUCUCGCUGCCCGCCGCCCCGGCUCACGUCCUGGGCCUGGAGGGGCACGAGCUGGAGGGGGCGAGGCUGGGCUGCGACACCCUCGUCUUCCCCUGCAUCGGGGCUCUCCCCAUGGGAUUCUCUUGGUCCCUUUUCCUCGCCCAAGACGCGAACGAGGAGAGGGUCGUCCGGUCUGAUCCGUGGCCAGGGGGAGACACGGCAGUCUCGGAGCGGGUCCUGAUGAGUGAUCGCGGACCGCCGCUCGUCGUGGAGGUUGAGCCCGGGCUGCACGGGGGUGCCUGCGUGUACGUCGACAACAUGGGGGUGCUCGCCCCCUCGGAGGGCCUCGCCAAGAGCGCCCUCGAGAGCUGGACUGGUCUCUUCGAGGGGGUCGGCCUUGACUUGCACAAGAGCUCGGUGGGCUCGGGCGCGUGCGAGGCGCUCGGGACCAAGCUUGACCUCGAGCUGAUGAGGUCGGGCGUGAGCGACGGACGGUUCUGGAAGGUGUACCUGGGACUGGGGGGCCUGCUAGCCCGCGGCCGAGCGACAGGGCGCGCCUUGGAGGUGGUGCUGGGCCACUGCACCUUCUGCGGGCUGGCCCUCCGAGGGUCUCUGAGUUGCUGGCACGCCUCGUACCGCUUCAUCCAGCGGCACUACCUGGAGCCCGCCCGGCUGUGGGCAGAAGUCGUGAAGGAGAUCAAGAUGUUCCGCGGGCUGCUCACCCUGAUGGUUCAGGACUGGUGGCGGCCAUGGAACUGCUGCGUGCUCCAGACCGACGCGAGCGAGAGCGGCUGGGGCAUGGCGCAGUCGUUCUGGCCGCAGCACGUGGUGGAGCAGGUUGGCCGGCUGCCUGAGCGAGCCCGUUUUCGUUCGGCGCUGGGCAGACCGGCGCGAGAGAGCGCGCUCGCUGCCGCCAACCUUGCUUGGGACAGCUCGGGCGCCCUGUGCAGUUUUGAGGACAUGAAGAAUCCUGACUCUCUUGCGUCUGACCCCCUGUCCUCGUGGGAGCUCGACCCCGGGUUCGCUGAAGUGCCCUGGCAGUGGCUCCGAAAGGGGGCCUGGGAGACCGUCCGGUCCGGGGUCUGGCGUUUUGCUGAGGACAUCCUGAUCCUUGAAGCCAGGGCCCUCGUAAAAUCGAUCCAGCGGCUGGCAAAGACCGCGCACGGGAGGGCCAGCCAGGCUGGACGGCAUCUCUCGGCCCUCGACGAGAGGGACGCGAACGGGCUGGACCUCGCUGGAGACGCCGGGGAGGACGCCGAGGGCGACAGCAGCUCCAGCGGCUCCGACUCGGUGGUGGAGCAGCUGGGGCGGACUCGGGCCCGAAUGCGGCAGCUGCGCGCGCGGAGGGCGCACCGGCGGGCGAAGCUGUACGCCGAUGCUAUCCUGGCGGCGCAGGGCGAGGGCGUGAGCCUCCUGGAGACCUUGGCGGUGACCCAGGCGACGCAGGUGAGGUACCAGCGAUAUCUCGAUCGUUUCUACUCUCGUGCCGGCCUGAGCCGGAGGGAGAUCCUGGCGAAGCCGGACACGGAGAUCGACGAGCUCAUGUGCAAUUACAUGACCGAGAAAUACUUGCAGGGCGAGCAGAGCAACUACGGAGACCAGACGGUCGCGGCCUGGGUCAGCGCGAACCCGGACUUCGGGCGCGUGGGAGGUCGCAAGCUGCCGCGGACCUGGCGGGCGCUGAAGGCCUGGCGCAGGCUGACUCCGGGCAGGCGGCGGAAGGCCCUUGCCCUUCCGGUCUGGUGCGGGCUGGCCUGGAGGCUGGCGCAGCGAGGACACCUACGCCUGGGCAUCUUCUUGAUGAUAGGCGUAUCGAUCUAUGGUCGGCCCUCGACUUUGCUGGCCGCCCGGCGGUGCGACCUCGUGCCUCCGUCCCCUGGUGUCAGCCGGCACUGGGCUCUGUUGACCCACCCGCUGGAGCGGAAGAGGCCGAGCAAGCGUGGGCACUUCGACGAGGGCUGCCCCCUGGACUCGCCGUACCUCCAGGGCUUAGACGAGGUGUUCGGGCGGCUGGCCUCGACGACGUCGAAGGAGCCGCUGUGGAACUUCAGCUACCCCGAGGCAGCGACGCUGCUCAAGGAGGCGGCAGAGGACCUCGGGGUGGCCCCAGUGACAUUGUACCAGAUGAGACACUCGGGCGCCAGCAUCGACCUGGCGAAGGGCUGGCGCAGUCUGACCUCGGCUCAGCGACGCGGGGAGUGGACGCAGGCGAAGUCAAUGCACCGCUACGAGCACAGCAGCAGGCUCGGCAGCGACUAUGCAAAGCUCGACCCCCGGCUGCGCGCGACGUGCGAGGAGGCGGAGAGGCAGCUGGCGCUCAUCCUGACGGACCGUCCCCACAACGUGCAGCUGUGGCGCAAGUGA